GCAGUCCAGAAGACAGCCCUCAGUGCGUUCCCGCGUCCUCUUCAAAGCAAAUCAGAUAAUUUCACAGCAAGUCUGUGAUGUUUGAGGCCAAGAAAAAAUGGCACCAGAAAAACAAAACAAAAACCUGUCGGACAGCCUUCUAUUUCUCUUCCUCCUGGGGUCUUUGGCUAAUGCCCAAUCUCAUAUUCUUCAAUACAAUGUAUUUGUCACAGUCAUAGAUGGAGAACUCUUAUUUUCGGUCCUUGGCUACCUAAAUGAUGAAUUAUUCUUUUAUUAUGAUAGUAAAAGCCAGACACCUGAACCUCGAGGCAUUUGGUUAGAUAGCAUUAUGAAAACAGACACGUGGAAGACAGAGAACAGCAAUGUGAAAGAGAUUAUAAAGGCUUUCAGGAUUAUUAUGGGCAAAGUUAUGGAGCAGAGCGACCAAAACACAGAUUCUCACACCUUCCAGGAAAUACUUGGCUGUGAACUCCAUAAAGAUGGGAGCAUCAGAGGAUUUUUGAGAUUUGGUUAUGAUGGAGAGGACUUCCUUAUCUUCCACUCUGAGACCCUCACCUGGGAGGCAGUCCACCCUGCUGCUAGAAGUCUGGAGAAUGCCUUUGAGGCAGAGCCAGUAGAAACAAAGAUACAAAAAGCAAAGUUGGAAGGAGACUAUUGUGCUGGACUUCAGGGGUACCUGGAAGUUUGGAAGGAGGAAAAACCAGUGUUCCCUUCACUGAAUCUGACUCAAAGCAAGAAUCCAAAAGAGAUUAUCACUCUGAAGUGUCGAGUUUACAACUUUUUCCCUGGGGACAUCAAGAUAAUGUGGUAUAGGAAUGGCGAUACAUUGAGCCAAAGGGACCAGGAAGGAGGUAUCAUUCUACCUAGUGGAGAUGGUACCUACCAAACCUGGGUGUCUACAGAUGUCUACUCUGAAAAGUCAAAUUAUACUUGCCAUGGGGAACAUCAAGGAAGGAACCAAAGCACCUCUAUAUCCUUGGGUCCUGUUUCAGAAGCAAACCGGAAAUAUGGGAUCCCUCCUGCUCUGUUUUUUGGUGUUUUUGUUGCUGCUGUGCAUAUGGUAUAGGAAAUGAUGAUAUGAUAAUGGAAUAUUAUUGUUGUAUA